ACACGUUUGGCACGAGGGGGGGGUGUCCGACCCUGCUCGGCACAGGCAGGAGGUCGUCUCCUCGUCCUCCCCGUGCGUCUGUCGCGCCCUACGCACUCCGCGGCGCUUGCCCAUCUAGAUGCUCAGAGGGGGCUGGCGGACUGUCCGACGUCAUCCAGCCUUACGGGUGGAGCUCUGACACGCUGCUUCUCUUCAACGCGGCUGCCGGCGAGUGGCGCACGUACCACACGAAAAACCUGGAGCCGCCGGGUAAGCUGCGGAACGCGCGCGUCCGCUGGUUCCACCCCGACGGCAGCAAGUUCAAGCUGAUCCCGAGCAUCAGGAUGCUGGUGGAGGUCCACCGGCGGAUCCUGGACGAGGAGGAGGACGAGCUGAAGCAGCGGCUCGGCCAGUUUGCCGAGGGCUACGCCAGGCGCUGGUGGGCGAAGGAGGUCGGCGGCAUGGGCGGACUCGAGGGGCGGGAGGUCUCCCCGCGCGCCCUGGAGCUCUAGCCGGCCGCCGCGCCCUCCUGCGCCGAGAGGAGGCGGCGGAGGAGCCGACGGUGGAGCUGGGCGGAGGAGGCGCCCGCCCGAGCGCGGGCGGGCGCACGGCCCGCGGCCGCGCCGCGGGCGGGCGCUCGAGCCCCCCCGCCGCCCCGC